AGCAGUCAAUCCACAGCAACAGAGGGAAUAGCAUCAAGAAUUGUUCCCGCAAAGUUAUUUACGGAAUAAUGCAAAGCAAAGAUACUAUCGAAUUUGAUCGUGUGAGCAACUAGAAUCAUUGGCAUGCGACACAGAGCUGUAUAUAUGGGGCAUACGACACUGCAGCCUCAUACCGAAAACCUUGUUAAAAUGAGGGCUACGUUAAGGAUUCUAGUGCUCCAAGUGUUCAUCUGUUGGGCUGAAGCUAUUGAAUACCAGUUUGUAGUGGACGAAGACGGCAUUUUGGCUCCAUGUGAGGAUCAACAGGGAAAUCCUUCCAAUAUCGAUGGCCUGUUGGACAUGUCCACCGUUAAGGUAACCAAUACAGGAAACAAAAUUUCGAUAGAGGGCGAACACGCUGUUGUCUGGAAAGAUGUCCAGCCUGGGGACACAAUAAAUCUUUUUGGGCAAGUCUACCGCCAGGAAAAGGGCACCUGGCAGAAAACAAUGUUCUCUGGCAGCAGCAAUAACUUUUGCCAUAACAUGUUUGAGAAGAACCAAUAUUGGUAUAAAUUCUGGACUCAGUAUAUAAAGAAUUCUGAUGAGAUCAAGAACAAGUGUUUAAACACUCUGGGCGCCGUCUUAAAAUAUGAGCAAUUCGAACUGGACUUAAAGGGCAAUCUGAAUGCUCCGAAUCUAGAGGGGCGCUACAAGUUGGUAGUACAGAUCGAGGCAUUUGAUAAGCGCAAUGUGAAGCGCCCAGUGUCCAUUUGCACGGAACUCCGCGGCACCGCUUCAAAGGUCUAAUCGCGACAAUUAUAUAUGCAUGCUGAAUAUACAGCGAAACACCAUUAAAGUUUAUAAUUGAGCAAUUCACAAGCAAUUCAAUUCACCAAGUCAUGAACAUUGAAGGGAAUUAAAG